UAUUUAAAAGCUUCACCUAUAAAUACUUCAUGGCUUCACUCUUCUCAUAUACAUAAAAAGAAAUACAAAGUGCCUUUUUCUUAGAAUGGAGCUCUUGUGGAAAUCUCACAUGAACAUGAAGAUACAUGCAAUUAAAUUGGUUUAUAUUUUACUUUUGGUGACACUGAUGAGUUCUAAGGUAGCUGAGAGCAGAAAAUCAAAAAUGAUAAGAUCUUCUUUUGAGUACAAUGCUAUAAAUUGCAGAGCACAUAGUGUUUCAAUAAAGGACUUUGGUGGUGUUGGUGAUGGAAAAACAUUAAACACAAAGGCUUUUGAAUCUGCAAUUAAUCAUUUGAAUCAGUAUGGUUCUGAAGGAGGGUCUCAAUUAUAUGUUCCUGCUGGAAAAUGGCUCACUGGAAGCUUUAGUCUUAUUAGUCAUUUCACAUUAUAUCUAAAUAAAGAUGCUGUUCUUCUUGCUUCUCAGGAUAUGAAUGAGUGGCCAGUGAUCAAACCACUCCCAUCCUAUGGUAGAGGAAGAGAUACUGCAGGAGGAAGGUACACCAGCCUCAUUUUUGGAACAAACCUCACUGAUGUUAUUGUCACAGGUGAUAAUGGUACUAUAGAUGGUCAAGGAUCAUUUUGGUGGCAGCAGUUUCAUAUGAAAAAGUUGAAGUACACUCGACCUUAUCUGAUUGAAUUAAUGUUCUCAGAUAGCAUCCAAAUCUCUAAUCUAACGCUCCUUAAUUCUCCAUCAUGGAAUAUUCAUCCUGUUUAUAGCAGCAAUAUUAUAGUUAAAGGUAUAACUAUCAUUGCUCCAGUCAGAUCACCAAACACUGAUGGCAUCAAUCCAGAUUCAUGCACAAACAUAAAAAUUGAAGAUUGCUACAUAGUUUCUGGUGAUGACUGUGUAGCAGUGAAGAGUGGUUGGGAUGAGUAUGGCAUAAAAUUUGGGUGGCCAACAAAACAACUAGUAAUCAGAAGGCUAACAUGCAUUUCACCAUACAGUGCAACCAUUGCCUUAGGAAGUGAAAUGUCAGGUGGAAUACAAGAUGUCAGAGCUGAAGACAUCACAGCUGUUCAUACAGAAUCAGGUAUCAGAAUCAAGACAGCUGUAGGGAGAGGAGGGUAUGUGAAGGACAUAUAUGUCCAAAGAAUGACCAUGCAUACUAUGAAAUGGGCCUUUUGGAUAACUGGUAACUAUGGUUCACAUGCUGAUAAAAACUAUGAUCCCAAUGCUUUACCAGAGAUUAGAAACAUUAACUAUAGAGACAUGAAAGCUGAAAAUGUGAGCAUGGCUGCUAGAUUGGAAGGGAUUUCUAAUGACCCUUUUACUGGAAUAUGCAUUUCCAAUGUGACAAUUAGUAUGGCAGCUAAGGCUAAGAAACAGCCAUGGACAUGUAAUGAUAUUGAAGGGAUCACAAGUGGAGUGAGUCCUAAGCCAUGUGGUUUGUUGCCUGAUCAGGGGAUCAAGAAAAUCAAAGCAUGUCAUUUUCCUUCAGAUUAUCUACCUAUUGAUAUGUUGGAGCUUCAGAAAUGUAGUUACAGCCUUUAAACAUAUGCAUGAGUUGUUUGUUUAAGAUGUAUCGUUAAGUUAUUUAUUUACUUUUGGUCUUUGAUCAUAUUAUUAUUAUUAUUAUGAUUAUUAUUAUUAUUAUUAUCUACAUAUCAUUUCUCAAGUAGAGAAAUGUAUUGUAUGUCAGUCAAAUUAUAGAUAUGAAACAACUUAUAUUUUAUCUCUACAAGUUGAUGACAUGGCUUGAUAUGUUGCUA